CAGCAGAACUCAUGAGGAUAUUUUGCCAAGAUGAUGACGAAUGCAAUGUAGUUUUGCGAUCACGAAUUCGACCCAGGGAAAACCCUGACAAGAUUUUUGGUGCACACAAUGACAAAAUUUGCUGAAAUUCAUCCCUAUUUGUUAUUAGCUGUGUGGGCUAUUUAUUCACGCCUCGACCUACUUCCAGGAAGUAGUUCACAUACGACUUUGACCCAGUUUUAAUUGAUCCCGUACAUUAUUCUUUGUUCAUUGGCUCUGCACUGGAAACAUGCAGAAUUGGACGACAAGUACUGAGAUUGCUGGAAAUGCAAUAGACGGUUUGAUGGACCCUAGAAAGUUUGAUGGACCCUCAGCAGCAACUCCUUCCGUCCAUGCCAACGAACUGUUCAGUAAAAAUAGCAAGGAAGCACGUGCUUUGGCAUUCAUCAAGAUUUUCCAGAGCCAUGAAUAUGGACCCGAAGGUGUUGCUGACUUUGACUCAGACCAAGUGGCAACCUUGGCCAAGAAAUACCCCAGGGGAGUCCCCUCCAUGACACAGUUGAUCCGGUCGGAGGACCAGAAAUUGGACUGGCCCAAGUUGCUUGCCAACUGGCCAGUGAAUAACUUGGAUGUGCAUGGGUAUGCACCAUUGCAUUAUGCGACUGCAGAGGGAAGACUGGAUUUAGUUGAAAUGUUAUUAACCCAUGGAGCAAAUGUGAAUGCUCGGGCGCGGUCCGGCGCCACGCCGCUCGGUCUGGCGUUGGCCCACCGCCACCUGAAAGUCGUGUCGACGCUGGUGCAGCGAGGCGCCAGUGCCACCGGCGCCCUGGACCACUGCGGCAUGACGGCAUUACAGCGAGCCGUGUCACUCAGACUGCCGAAUGUCGUCCGAUUGCUGCUCAACGCCGCCGGCGCGGACGCCAACGAGCCAGACCGCUUCGGGAUGCUUGCUGUGCAUCGGGCGGCGGCGGGACACCUAGUGGCGACACUGGACGUGCUCAUCACGAACGGCGCCGCUCGCGUCAACCCGCGCACCAGGAUUCCCAUGACGGCGGAGAUGACGCCACUGCAUCUGGCCUAUGACGACGUGGCCACGCUCAGAUUUCUGUUGGAAAAUGGAGCCAAUGCAACAGCGACGGACGCAGCCGGAAGAAGUACCAGGUCCUUAAUCAAUUACGCAUUGAACAAGUUUGGGGAAUCUACUGACCAUUUGAGGAAGGCAGCAUUGAAAUCCUGCUGGGCAUUGAUCAUUUUACAUCCGAGUUACAAACCAUUGCUGGAGUCAUUUAGAAGACGCACUGACAAACUUCGACGUUUGCGACGACUGAGAGAAAAUGUUGAGCGUGUCACCCACAGUGCGUCGUCCUCGACCUUGGCAGUCACUAAUUCUAACAUGCAACUAGAGAGACAAGAACUGCCAUCUGGCGGCUGGAUGGCGUCUGUUCUUGGCAGUGGCGGUCGAACUUCUGCA